CAGCACCAUACACGCAUGACGCAUGCACCUCGAUUCCCAAUUUCGCAUACCCCCGAUCUCCCGCUCGGCAAACAUGGCGAGUGCACCUCGCUCGCCAUCCCAGCUUCCUGCCGUUUCAAAUCGUGCACGCCGCUGAUUCACGGGACCACGGCUGGUGCGGAGGUGCAUCACGCAACCAUUGUGCCGCCCAGUUGCUCGCUGGCUGCGCUGUGCCGCGCCGUUCGGCCCAUCCACUCCACCGCCGCUCCCACCACACAGGAGUACAAGCCUACAAGGCAUGUGGCGAGGGGGCAGCUCUGGCCGCCGCACGUGCUAGGAGCUGGAGCGGAUCAUCCUAGAGCGGCACCGCUCCAGAAGCCUCAGCCGAGAGGACGCGCUCAACCUGUUCGAUGAAUUGCUUCCUCAGGCCAGACAGGCCUCGGUGCACGCCUUCACUACUGUCCUAUAGGCCAGAGCGCCGCGUUCGCGGUGUCCCUUUUCAAUACCAUGGCCCGGUCCCGCGUCAAUAUGAUGGCCACCAACGCUUGCGCCUUUGAUAUCCGCAUCCGCUGCUUUUGCAAUGUUGGGCGUUUGGACCUCGCUGAUAUCCUCAUCCGCUGCUUCUGCAAUGUUGGGCGUUUGGACCUCGCCUUCGCUGCCUUUGGCCUGUUCCUCAGGACAGGAUGGAGGGUGCAGAACGUGGUCCUCAACCAGCUAAUCAAGGGUCUCUGUGAUGGCAAGAGGACUGGUGACGCGAUGGAUAUGGUGUUCCGACGGAUGCCGGAGCUUGGCUAUACGCCUGAUGUUUUCUCUUACAAUGCUCUUAUCAAGGGGCUCUGCGCCGAGAAGAAGAGUCAAGAGGCUCUUGAGCUGCUGCUUCACAUGACGGCCAAUGGCGGAUACAACUGUUCUCCCGACGUGGUGUCAUAUAACAUAGUCAUUGAUGGCCUCUUUAAAGAAGGUGAGGUCGACAAAGCUUACUUCCUGUUUCAUGAAAUGCCGGGCCAGGGGUUUCCACCUGAUCUUGUGACAUACAGCUCAGUCAUUGAUGGCCUGUGCAAGGCUCAAGCAAUGGACAAGGCUGAAGCAUCCCUACAACAGAUGCUUUAUAAAGGUGUUAUGCCAAAUACUAGGCCAUAUAACAGCUUGAUCCAUGGAUAUUGCUCUUUAGGACAGUUGGUAGAGGCAGUGAGACUACUCAAAAAGAUGUCUGGAGGUGGUCUUCAACUGAAUGUUGUCACUUACAAUAUGCUGAUUGACUAUUACUGCAAGAUUGGAAGAUGCGCAGAAGCUAGGAGUAUCUUUGAUUCAAUGGUUCGGAGGGGUCAAAAACCCAAUGCUACCACCUACUGCAGCUUGCUUCAUGGGUACGCCACCAAAGGAGCUCUUGUUGAUAUGCAUGAUCUUCUUGAUUUGAUGAUUCGAGACGAGAUGCGACAGAAUGGUUUGAGGCCAAAUUUAGUCAGCUAAAGCACGGUAAUUGACAUUCUUUGCAAGACAGGCAGGGUGGAGGAUGAUGUGUACCAUUUCAAUCAGAUGCAUGGUCAGUGAAGGGUUGUCUCCUGACAUCGUAUGUUUUACCUCACUAAUACAUGGUCUCUGUACCAUUGGUGAAUGGAAGAAGGUUGGGGACUGACUUUUGAAAUGAUCAAUAGGGGCAUCCAUCCAAUGCUGAUUGCAUAUUCUUGAACACAAUAACGGACAACCAAUGCAAGGAAGUGUUGUGGAAGCACAGGAUUUCUUUGAUCUGGCUAUACGCCCUGGUGUGAAACCAGAUGUUAUUUCAUAUAAUAUACUGAUAAAUGGAUAUUGCUUCCAUGUGAAGGUGGAUGAGUCCAUUAAGCAACUUGAUCAUAUGGUCUCCAUUGGCUUGAUGGCUACUUUAAGAAUGGAAGGGUUGAAGAUGCAUUAGCUCUUUACAAAUCAAGUGGAGAGCUAUCUCACCUUGAAGGACUCUUAAGAUAGCUGGCCAGCCUUGAUGGAAAUUCUUAAAUUCAAAUCGCCAUCAUAUCUUGUACUUGUUUUUUUUUUGUGUGUGUGUGUGUCUUCACAAAAAUCCUUAGACACUUUGGGCUGAAGGCUGGUAGAAAAGGUAGUGUAAUCUUGGAACGAUUUUGUAGAGAUUGGGCCCGAUUAUCAGUGGCGCUGAAGAAUCUUCGCUCCAGCAACCUUCACAGGCUUUAAAUUGUCAGGGAGGCCAUUCUUUUCUUGUGGUUGCAGUAGAAACAGUGGGUCAUGGCAUUAUCUGCAAAGG